AGCACUUCCCAUCGUAUAACAAACAGCGGGUGUCCCCAUCAUGCCCCGCGCAAGUAUAGAAUCCGGUUUCCCAUGAGCCUCUCUUUCUCUUAUACGCUGGAGGAACCGGUGAGGUUGCUCAGCUGCUACCAUUAUGAAGGUCGAGUUGUGCAGCUUCAGUGGGUACAAGAUCUACCCCGGCCAUGGCCGCCGCUACGCUCGUACGGACGGGAAGGUUUUUCAAUUUUUGAAUGCAAAAUGUGAGUCCGCAUUCCUGUCUAAGAGAAAUCCCCGUCAGAUCAAUUGGACUGUUUUGUACAGGCGAAAGCACAAGAAAGGACAAUCUGAAGAGGUACAAAAGAAACGUACACGCCGUGCUGUAAAGGGCCAUAGAGCAAUCACAGGUGCUUCUUUGGCUGAAAUAAUGGCUAAGAGAAAUCAGAAGCCUGAAGUGCGAAAAGCUCAAAGGGAACAGGCCAUUAGAGCUGCCAAGGAGGCAAAGAAGGCAAAGCAGGCAACUAAGAAAACAGUACCCUCUACAACAAAGGCACCAACAAAGACUGCACCAAAACAAAAAAUUGUGAAGCCUGUGAAAGUUUCUGCUCCUCGUGUUGGUGGGAAACGCUGAUUUGUGCUGAUUUGAUUAUGUCAAUAAAAUUUUGACUAUAAUUGGUCUAUUAUCUUUAAAAA